CCCUGCAGCAGCAUUGGCUUGGCGUCCAGGAACAGCGUCUGCCUCUCAGAGGCCCCGGCGCGGUGCGAGAGAAGGCGCCGAGGGGAGCGAGGGGCGCCGGGGCCUUUGGGUUCAGGGGCUUUGGGCCGAGAGGAUGCGCUGCAUAUGCGAAGACAGGUGCGAAGCUGGAGUCCCCGCCCAUAGGUGACCCAUGGGUCCCUCCCGCCGCGGCACGCGCUCCUGAAAAGGAGUUGGGGGUCAAUUUGGCCGCAGGCUAUGCUUCUCUGAGGCAGUGUGCCAGAGGCAAACAGCGUGGUAAGAAGGCCUCUGCUGGCUGCGCUGUGUUCCUGGAUAGAAUGCCUCCUGAAAUCUUGCUGAAGAUAUUUUCCUAUCUGGAUGAUGUGAGCCUGCUGCUUACUGGAUGUGUAAACAGGCGCUUUUACCAUCUGACCAAUGACAAUUUUAUUUGGAUGAGAAUCUACUCGAUUGCUUUUUCACCUAAAAGAUUUAAUUGGGAUGUUGAUUCAGUGGAAGAGACAGCUGUGUCAAUGAGCAUACUAUCAGUUGAGGAUAAGGAAACUGGGUAUUGGAAGAAAGAAUAUAUCAGAAAACAAAUAGCAUCUGUAAAAACCUCAGUAGCCCAUGUUCUCCAAUAUGUCAACCCUUACACAGGCCUUCCGGCCAAGACCAAAGAGGCCCUCAGAAUGUCUGGUUUAGGUUGGGCAAUUAUAUUGAAAGAAAAAAGUGGAAAAGAAUAUAUCAUGGAGCAUGUUGACCUUUCCAUAAACGACACAUCAGUCACUGUUGGGUGGUAUGGCAAAAAUUGGCCAUGUCUUGCAUCAUUGUCAACCUUAUAUUUGUAUGGUGUGACACCAGUUUUUAGGGACUGGUAUAAGAACCCUACCCAAAAUAGACCCCGAUGGCGUUCUUUAAUUGCCAAGUACAAUCUGAGUCUUUUGACUGACUCUGCCAUGAUUGGCUGCGACAGACUCAUUCGGAUCUGCUGCCUACAGCCUGGCCUCCUGGUGGGGCUGUGGAAGAAGGAGGAAGAACUGGCUUUUGUUAUGGCAAAUCUUCAUUUCCGUCACCUUCUGGAGAGGAGCACAUUAGGCUCGGCCACUAUUCCCUACGAGCUGCCUCCUCACAGCCCCCUUUUGAAUAACAGCCCUGAGUAUGGCCUGUAUGGUUACCAACUCCACGUGGAUCUGCACAGCAGUGGGAUUUUCUAUCUAUGUGCGGCAUUUCGCAAUCUCUUCACCACAAAAGGAGACAUUGAAAAUGGGUAUGCGAAACUCAUUGUUAUAAAUUCUAAAAACAACAGCGACCACCUCCCUCUUGUUGGCAAAAUUGGCCUGUUUUGGAGAACUAAUGUUGUUGAUGGCUAUAUAAAGAGUUGUUCCAUAAUGGACCUCACUCUUUCGGAUAUGCGCAGGGAACCUUUUUGGUGUUUCAGUUCCCCGGUUUGCAUGAAAUUGUCUGCCGCGCCCUUGGAUGGUCCUCAUUUCUUGGGAGAGACAUACUUUGUGGACUACAUGGACGAAGAAGGCAGAGUGCACGUGGAGAUGGUGUGGAUCAGAGAGACCGAGGAAUACUUCAUUGUUAACCUGGUCCUUUACCUUAGUAUAGCAAAAGUCAACCACUGGUUUGGGACAAAAUACUGAAUAUUAGCAGAAGGUGGCAAAAGUGAUUGUGGCUGUGAAGCUGUAUUCUUUUCACAGGCUAUUUUUGUUCUUGGUAUUGGAAGUUAAAAUAAGAACUGUCUUCAGUAGUCUGUGUGGGACCUUCUUCUUUCACCUUAGAAGCUGGGAUUUAUGGGUCAUUUAAAGUUAAAGUUUGAAAGAUGAUGUUAAAUGUUAGAAAAAUAAAAAUAGCACAGUCCAAAGAAAGUUCAUAUAGAAAGACAAAAUAUUUUUACUUCUCUUCUGUGUUUUGCUAAAAAAUUAAGAAUAUCUAUUUAAAUGUGUACUUAUGUGAUCACUUGUGUGGGGGAGGGGGACACAGGCAUGCUGUGUAAAGAGGGCUUUUUUUUUUUCUUAAUUGGUAAGGAGCCCAAAUGAGACAGUACACUUGGAUAUAACCUUCACAGUAUUCAUUAGAAUUAGUGCUACUUUCAUGACACUCAGCAGCCACAUUCGUGUUUGAUAAAGUAAAAUCGAUGAGUGGCCUAAUUCACAAGGAAAGAUGUGUCUGAAAUCAUCAUAAGGAAAUGAUAACUUAGAAAUGCGCGGUGUGAUACAAAUCCAGUUAAGACACCCAACCCACAUCAGUGGGACUGUAGAGUGGUGGGUAACUGAAUACCUGGGAAUUUUGGUCCUAAGUGGUCUUGCAUUGUGUUGAUUCUGCUUUUAUCAAUUUUAUCUCCCUUAAAAGUUGUUCUCAGAUGAUUUCUGAUGUCAUAUUGUGAUUCUCCUACUUGGACUUGCAUGAUUAAGCUUGCCUUUCUCUCUAUUGUUCAUCCUUUUCCUAUUACCUUAUUUGACCAGUUUCUCAUUUGAGGUUUGUGUGACAGUAAAUAUGUGCAUGUGUAGAAUGAAGAACUGGAAGACAUCAAUAAAGUAAACAUAUGGAACGCA